GCCCAGAGGCUUUUGAGGAGACUCUUAGAGCUUAGACGGAAGCAUAACCGGCAUCCAGUGAGACGGGGCGAGUCCUCCUCACCUUGGAGAAGGAAGCAGCUGAGCAUUUAGAUUUCCCAGGAGAGCUUCAACCUGUUUUUUUUUAAAAAAAACUUUUUCUUUUCUUUUUGUAGUGUCCAAAAAUUAGUUUCUUUCCCUCCAGUAGCUGGAAGCUGACCGUUCAAGUCAUUGAAAGCAGCUGGCAAUGAACAAAAUCCAAGAUUAAACUCGGGAUGGCAGUGGCUCGUUACAUGACGGCACACCGAGGCGUCUGGUGUUGAUUAGAGCUUUUUGUAAGCUGCUGUUAUGCAAAAGGAACCAUAGUAAUAUUUAACAAACAUGCCGUGUGUGUGUGUUCCUCCUCUUUCUAAUCUGGUAGUUUCUGCCUCCGUUUUGUUAGAAAUGCUAAGUUUCCUUUUGCAGUGAAGUGGCAGAGCUGGUGUUCUUGUUAAUUGGAGCAAUUUGAAACAGGCUACCUGAUUUGCAGGUGCAAUGUUUUGUCUAAGGUAGCAGUUUGGCUUUUUAAAAGAUUAUUCCGAGGCCUUUUCUGGUGUUGAGCGUGUCGUGGGCCUGACCUGUAAAGAACACGAUGAAGAUUUUUCAACGCAUUAGCGAUCGACCGUUCACCAAUGCUGUGUGGAAGUGGCACAUUCAGGAUCCAGCAAGCCAGCGGUUGACAUGGAACAAACCUCCAAAGAGUGUCCUUGUUAUCAAAAAAAUCCGCGAUGCCAGCCUCCUGCAGCCCUUCAAAGACCUCUGCAUUUAUCUCACAGAGGUGAACAACAUGAUUGUUUAUGUGGAGAAGAAGGUCCUGGAAGACCCAGCCAUCAUGAACGAUGAUAGCUUUGGACCAGUGAAGAAGAAAUUUUGCACUUUCAGUGAAGACUAUGACGAUAUCUCCAAUCAAAUAGAUUUUAUCAUCUGCCUGGGAGGAGAUGGGACCUUACUUUACGCUUCUUCGCUUUUCCCGGGUAGCGUGCCUCCGGUUAUGGCUUUCCAUUUGGGGUCGCUGGGAUUUCUUACCCCAUUCAAUUUUGAGAACUUUCAAGCCCAAGUCACUCAGGUUAUAGAAGGCAACGCGGCGCUUGUUCUCCGCAGCAGGCUCAAGGUGAAAGUCGUCAAGGAGCACAGGGAGAAGAAAACGAUGCUGCAGAAUGGGAUUGAAGAGAAUGGACUGAUGUCUCCUAGUCUGGAGAAAGACAUGUUCAAGCAAGCCAUUCAGUACCAGGUCCUGAAUGAAGUUGUAGUGGACCGGGGCCCUUCAUCGUACCUUUCCAAUGUGGAUGUUUUUCUAGAUGGGCAUCUUAUAACCACAGUGCAAGGAGACGGUGUCAUUGUCUCCACUCCGACUGGGAGCACGGCGUAUGCCGCUGCAGCAGGGGCCUCGAUGAUCCAUCCCAACGUCCCAGCAAUCAUGAUCACUCCGAUCUGCCCUCAUUCACUGUCCUUCCGGCCUAUUGUGGUUCCCGCGGGUGUGGAACUGAAGAUCAUGCUGUCUCCCGAUGCCAGGAACACAGCGUGGGUUUCGUUCGACGGGCGGAAGAGACAGGAAAUCUGCCACGGGGACAGUAUCAGCAUCACUACCUCUUGUUACCCUCUCCCUUCGAUCUGUUUCCAAGACCCCGUGCGCGACUGGUUCGAAAGCCUGGCCGAGUGUUUGCACUGGAACGUUCGGAAGAAGCAAAAUAACUUUGCUGUUGACGAGGAAGAAGAGUUUUGAGUGUCGGUGCUGGCAGAAACUCACGGGAGGAGCUAACAAGCGGCACUGUCCCUGGUGUACAAAUGUCUUUUAAGCCUGUAGCUACUGGGAGUAGACCAAUAUAAUAUAAUAUUAUAUAUUAUAAUUUUUUUAAAGACAGCAAUGUACCUCAUAUCAGUCUGUUCUGCUGAUGACCAGAUAUCAUGUUAUUUUUUCUGUCUGUCAAGAGAGCGUGGAAUGACAGUCAAGAGCGGAGGUGGAGUUUUUUCCCCCCUUUGUCAGGCCAAGAGAGCUGUUCUGUUUGUAAAUGUCCCACGUGUUUUCUGAGCAACAUGUUUUCUAAUAAGAAGUUUUGCAGAAGCCUUAUUAAAACAAAUGACAUUUCCUUGGACUCGUUCCCAAUAUUGGCAAACCCACACGUUUCCUUAACAGCCACGAUUUUUGUGGAUCAGGCAAACGGUAGGUCACUUGUGAGACCUGCAGUUCUGUGCGUUUACGGAGAAGCAUCGCGUUAGCAAAGCAAGGAGGAUCAAUAGUACAUUUCCUGUUUAGGACUUAAUUUUCUGUCUUCAACCUCAAAGAAAUGUGAUUUGAUGGCUGCUUAGAUUUUUCUUUUUCCCCCUGUCAGUCUUUCAAGUGUCUUCCUGCCUUGGUCACCGACGUAGGUUUGAGCAAACUUCAUUACAUCUCCUUCUCAGAAAUCAAAACAAGCAGGUCUUUUUAAAUGGUUUUGGGGCGGGUGAUCACAGAUAAUUUUCCAGAUGAAUCUUCUUGGAUCCCUACUCUGGAUGUCACAGCAGCAUUAAGGAUUGUAAGAUAAUGGUGGCUUCUCCCAUCAGAAUAGAAAGGUGCCGGAGUGCUUUUGAAAGUUGGCUAAAUCUGAAGAUGCGGCCAGAUGUGAACGCCUUGUUGCAUAAAUACUACUUGAAAGGCUGAGGUCUUGUCCCUUGCACUGGAAAUGUUUUUAGUGAAUUGCGCCAAAUCCACACAACGACAGGUGUUAAAUACCACCCUAACAUGGAAAAUGUAUUGGAAUUCUUUUUUUUAAAAAAGAAAAAGAUUCCCCAUAUACACAAUGAGAUUUCAGCAGUUUCCUUUCCCAACGGCAGCAUGUUUGCUGUGACGGUUGGCUCUUUCCAAAUUUGGGGUGCUUCUUCAAGUGGCCAUGAGGGACGCAGCGUAGACCUCGUAGUGGGUCUCAGAAGCUCCUUCUCAGUCCCUGCCCCCAUGGACUUCCGUAAGACCUCUUGCGCAUCAUUUCCAGCAGAGCCUUCCUUUCAGAUACUUUCUCCCAUUUGCUCUGCCACGCACGAAGUCAACCUGUCUUCACAGGAACCGGCCGGAGAGGCGAGUUUCAUGAUGGCCGGCUAUCGCGUGCUCCUGGUGCCCGUACGAUUGUUCGGCUUGCAUGUGUGUCCUCAGAGCGAGGAGGUGUCAUUAAAACGCAACGCAAGAUGCAAGCACAUAUUCGUGACUCAACUAGCCGUGAGUUGCUCUCUCCUUUCAGAAUACAGGCUGGCCUGCCUCUUGAUCUAAACCGCCAGGAAGCUGAUGAUGUUGAAAUGCGGACCGUCACGUGAGAAGUGUCCGACCAAGAUAUUCCACGAACGUCCGUUUGGAAGACCAGGAGACAUUCCUAGCUUAAUUGCUCUGGUGCCUUCAACACGCCCUUGUUUAUUUUUAAUUUUUUUGAUCUCGUCUUUUUUUUUUUAAAGCUGUCUUACGGAUGUACUUUUGUUUUUUAACUGUACAUGGCUUUUAUGAAGGUAGAUAAAAAGGGGAUCGUCAAGAAUACGGCGUGUCUGUCAACACCCUCCCCCCAAUUUUGCUCCUUUGUCACUCAGUCUGGGGCCUACGCUUGCAGCGGUGUGAGGUGGUAAAAUAAACUUUAAAUGGACUGAGCAACUUCAGACGACUAGUAGGGGGCUUCCAGUUUUGAAUGUUUCCCCACUUUAAAAAAGAAAAAUUCCUGCAUAUAGGAAAACGUCACUACAGGAGGGAAGUUGGUCACCCAUCCCUGUCAAGGUGUUUUUCUGUAUGUAGGGAGUGUGUUAUUCUUCUUUUUCUAAAAAGGGGAAUAUUCAAGUUCGUUCUGAAGGGGAACAGUCCAUUCUACCACCUCUUCAUUCCGCUGCAUGUGUGUAGACCAAGCCUCGGACGUUUCCAUCUGUGUUAUUUUCGCCUGCGACUUACCCAGGCAACAGUUUGCUUCGGCAAAGAUCUUGAGAUCUCGGCUAACCUUUGUCUGUGGCACAGAUUGGACGAAGACAAGGGACUGAGGCUGCCUGCAUACCCUAAAUAAAUUAAAUGGAGCUGUGUCAAUGUUUGGUGGUUAUCUUAACGUUCGAGAAAUAAUGCGUCUGCUGUCCAUGAACCAUGUCCACUGUUAAGUGAACGCUUCUUUUCCUCGAGAUCCUUAUUGAUAAUUGCCCUUUCCUGUUUUAUUUUGCACAGAGCAAAUCUUCCGCUCUCGACAGUAGUGUCAACUGCACUAAAACCUGUGUGUGUGUGUGUUAAAUGUACUUGUGUAAAAGCGAGCCUUGUAAAUACUUUGUGUACCAGGAUAGGGGUGGCUGGGUUUAUUUGGUUGCUCUUUAAAUUGGGUCUGAAUGAGCAAAAUGUUGCGAGCCCUACCUUUCCCUUCAGCAGGAUGUUCAGAUAGUUAUUUAAAUAACUUGUUUUCACUCGAAUGACAUGAGUUUGUGCUAUCACUGUUUUUAAAGCGACGGGUUUUCUGGAUGGCAAGAGUAUUCUGUUUUUUUGAAUAGCAGUCUUAAUUCCUGAGCUGUAGAGGCGGGCCUUUGUUUUAGAACAGCUUUGUAAAUAAGCCCACGAAAUGCCUGGCCUGCAGACAACUGUACUAGCCUGUUGGGAGCAGAUGACUAUAUUUCUAUACUGGGUGUGGAGAAAAGUGGGGGGGGGGGGUCCUCCCCUAGCAGUCUCCUUGGUUUCUAUACUGGGCUCCAUCCCUCCUCUGCCAGCCUGCUCACUCACCUGUAUCCCCACCUUUAAAUGCAAUAAUUAAGGGACAGUUUUGUUUUUUUUAAGCCUUUCGUUUUUAACGUUAAUACGAAGUCCUUUGAUGUGAGGCAGAAGGAUGAGGAUAAGUAAAACCUCCUUUAUAGAUGAGGUGACAAGGUAAAGCAAGCCUGAUUUAAAAGAUUGGAGAGUUUUCUUUUUAGAAAAAAACCCCGCCCCCGCCCCCAAUCCCAAAUAUUCAGCACCUUUUGAAACUAGUAACAUUUUUUCAGGAUCUGUAGAAAUUCUGAUUUCUUUAUUUAUUAAAGUUUUUAUCUCAUGCCUCCCUGAAAGAUCUGUUAAAUUACUUCCUCCAACCUUGUUCAGUGGAAGCCUAACAUCUUAUCGUGCACAGGUGUGUUUCACCUGCCCUGUUGCAGUCCUGAACGGCUUUGUUUGGCCCCAAAGCAGUCAGGUCGGGGAACGAGUGCGAGAGCCGGGCCUAUCAAAACAGCACGUCAAAUCCUUUGCAGCCAGCGCUGCUGUCGUUCCCUUGGGCAUCCAGAACGUGGUGAUGGGUUGUAACAAUUCACAUCCAGUAUGCUAUUCCCUUAAGGAAUUUCAUCCACGCCUCUUCUGGUCCUUGCGAUCUUAAAAGCAACCGUUGUCAGUCCGCAGUCCUGCGAGAAGGUGAAGCUGGCACGACAGAGCCCACGGUUCCUGCCAUCUCGUUCUGUGGGCAGGCACUAAGCCAGCAGACCUGUUCAAUCUUGCGCUGGUACUCAAAUACUCUCGCUUCUUCUUUUAGUGCAGCAGGGUCAUUGGAAGGGAACGCAUUCCCAGUUUGUGAGCCAGGUCCCACUGAACGUAAGUGUUGCCAGAGUGAAACCCAGAGAAGCCGGUAUUUAAAUGUUAACCUUAAUGAUGCAGCUGCUGCUCUCCUGCUGCAUCUCCAUCCCUGGUCCUUCAGGCCAUCCCUUCUUUCCUGUGGUGGGACAUGACUGAAGCCCUGCUUGGUAUAUCGAGCAGGGGGAAAGGAGAUAAGCGGAAGGGUUAGAGAAGGAGCAAGCAAGACCCAGGCUCAACUCAACCCCAUGCCUGAAAAAGAAGCAGCGGAUUUGAUGUCAUGCACAUCGCCGUCGCUUCCUCUUAAGUUCUGGUUCAUCCUGCUAUCCGAUAGGCUUGGAUUUCGACCUGUUUGCUUCAUCUGGGAACUUUCCCUUCUCCACGAGCCCACAAAUGAGCAGCUCCCAGAAAUUGGCCAUUUGCUAGGCUGACCGAAAGGCAGGAAUACUCUAAAUGAGGGCAUGAUUUGGAGAGGGUCAUUUUGAGCGCUAGAAGCAUAGCAUGCCAGCAAUCCUCCCUAAAGAACAUGUCAUUGGCUUGUUUUCUUGAAAGAAGUUGUUCUAGUCCAAUGUUACCUGACUAUGGAGACAUCUACAAUCUAGUAGCUCCCACUUUUUGCCUGUUUGCUUCCAGCAUUCCCCUGCCCAGUCACGAUUCUUUCUUAACGAUUUCUGCGCAUGUGCAGAAGAUGGCAGUGGAUGCAGAAGAGAAGCGGCUGGAUGGCAGAGUUAUUCAGGUAAAGGAUUUGGUAGGCUAUUAGUUGUGCGUCAGAGACCUUGUCGAUCAACAUUCCCCCCCCCCCCCAAAAAAAUUAGGCCAAUCUUUGUUUUAACUCAAACUUGGCCCCGCCCAGAAUUCUGAACUUUAUAAAGAAAAAUGCCUAACGUUUCGUAUUGUGAAUGCUUUGAAAACUUGUUAAAUAUUGCUGAGAGCAUAUGACUAUUUUCCAGAUCUUUUCAAUAAAUCUUUUUUUCUUUUUCCAAA